GCUGAAAGAAGAACUAACGCGUGCUUAGCACUUCUUUAAGUGAAUUUCUUUAAGAUUUUAAAAAAAUGUGGCCAACUCAAAAAUUGAGAUUGCGCUCGAUUUAUCGUUACAAAAGCAAAGUGAAAAAAAAAACAACGAUAGCUCAUGAUUCAGUGUGUACAUAUACAUAAUUCAAUUAUCUCCUUAUCAAAAGUUUGCUCUACCAAACAUUCCAUUAUAAAAAGCUAGACACGACUAGGUAUAACCAUAAUAAUGUCCGCACAUAUUUAUCGAGCACACACAAUUGAACUUCAACACCUCGCAGAUAUAACGCGCAGAGCUCAAACAAGAGAUAACAAAAGUUAUACCGCCUGCGCCUACGGAUCAAAGAAUAUUCCACCGAUCGCUCGUACAGCGCUUGUGUGCAUAAAAUCCCGAUUAUCCAGCGCAGUCGUUUGUUUCUUUAACCUACAAGUUCCUCCUCCUCUCGCGCACAAUGAAGCCGUACAACGCGUCGGCGAUUAUUUGAUCAAGAGAAGAUAACGAAAUGUGCGACUGUACCGGCGAUAAUCCGGAGCCGGAUUCGGCUAUCCAAACAGAAGCCUGCAACGAUAAACCAGAGGAUUUACGGCCACCGUUUACUGUACUCCGGCUCGAAGUUAGCAGAAGCGCGCUGAAUCUCGUCUCAUCGUCGUCAGCGAGAACGUGCGACGAUGAAGUAGAGAAGAGCACUACAACUUUCAGCGAUGAGAAAGCCACCUGCGAUUGUACCAGCGAGGAAUCAAGCUGCACCGAGUCGAAAUCGAGCCUCGAGUCCGAAAGCUCGGACGAGUUGGAGCGAACUCUGGCGAUUGUAAAGCCGGAAGCUUUGAUCUUCCGAGAGGAAAUAGAGAACGCGAUAAUCGACGCCGGCUUUCAGAUCUGCCAAACGAGAUGGUUAAAACUGACCCCUGAACAAGUCUCCGACUUCUAUCUCGACAAGUUCAAGGACGAGUGCUUCGCUCGACUCGUGGCUUACAUGAGUUCCGGGCCGAUUCUGGUCCACUCGAUCGGCAAGAUCAACGCAGUCCAGGAAUGGCGAGCUUUGAUCGGUCCGAAAAAGGUCACGGAUGCGAGACUCUACGCACCUGACACUAUCCGCGGCAGAUUCGGCAGAUUAGGCGACGACAUGAUCAACGCGGUCCACGGCAGUAAAGAUCGUCGCUCGGCCGAGAGGGAAAUCCGGUUCUUUUUUCCCGAUCAAACACCGGAGCAGCUGCCGACGGAAGACUCGGCGGAAGACUACCUGUGGAGGCGCGUCAAUCCCAUUCUGAACGAGGCUCUCGUUAAGUGCUUCGAGGCCAAACCCGACGACCCGGUCACCUGGCUGGGAAACUGGCUGCUCGACAACAACAGUCCCACGUAUCUCUUACGUUAUAAAUCCAACCUGUAUGAUUGAUGCUUAUCGGCUUGCGGAGCUUGCGCUGGAUCACCGGUCCCGGAUUGUAAUUGUAUCUGCGAGGAAAAAACACCGGAUAAAGAUUCUACAAAACAAUUUGAAAA